UCGCACUGAAGUCAACACUUCCGGCUUGGGGCUAAACGCAAGCGCGGAUAUCAGGGCCUCGCUUCCGGUUGUGCCUCCUUUUCGGCAGCGGCUAUUUCCUCGCCAACAUGCCACUCGCGAAAGACUUGUUGCAUCCAUCUCCAGAGGAGACAAGGAGGAGGCACAAGAAGAAGCGCCUUGUUCAGAGUCCCAACUCUUACUUUAUGGAUGUCAAAUGUCCAGGAUGCUACAAGAUCACAACAGUGUUCAGCCACGCGCAGACGGUCGUGUUGUGCGUCGGCUGCUCGACAGUCUUGUGUCAGCCCACCGGAGGAAAAGCACGCCUCACAGAGGGGUGCUCGUUUAGGAGGAAGCAGCACUAAAAUGUUUCCGGUUCGACCAAGGGACAGAUUGUGGGAAAAGGAUUGCCACCGCGGCACAAUUAACCACUGUACCGCCACCACCACCAUGUUCCUUGUUUCUCAAUAAAAUGUUUUGGCUAAAUGAA